AUGAACAACUCAAUUGAAGUUAUGAAAGAGCAUGUUCAGGCUGAGUUGGGCGGCAUGAAGGAAGAGAUUGCAGAGCUUAAGAGUGAGGUCACUCUCAUGAAGAGAUCCAUGGCUAGCAGACCAGCCUCGAUGCAAUCUAUUCCACGUUCUAAAGUUCCAAGACUGAAGAACUUUGGAGGUUCAAGGAACGCGAUGGAGUUAGAGAACUUCUUUUGCGGUCUUGAGAAGUACUUCAAGGCAUCCGGCAUCCAAGAGGAUGAGGUAAAACUUCGCACCGCUCCCCUUUACUUGGUCGAUAUUGCAAUGAUUUGGUGGAGGCGACGUGAAGCAGACGUUGAAAAGGGUACGUGUGUGAUGGCAAUAUGGGAUGAUUUCAAGAGAGAAAUCAAGAAGCAGUUCUAUCCGGAUAAUAUGGAGUUUGAAGCCCAUUCGAUGUUAAGGAGGCUCACCCACAGGGGUGGAGUUCAAUAA